AUGCUUUCUACUCUUGCCAAAACACUGGCAGUGCUGGUCUCCCUCCAGACCACACUAGGCCUCGCCACGCCAGUGGCUCCCUCCGACUCGGCUGUCGAAAAGCGAGCUAGCGGCUAUGUCAACGCUGUCUACUUCACUAACUGGGGCAUUUAUGGCCGUGGCUACCAGCCCGCGGACCUUCCUGCAUCUCAGAUCUCGCAUGUUCUCUAUUCAUUCAUGAAUGUCCAAGCCGACGGCACCGUCGUCUCUGGUGAUACUUAUGCCGACCUCGAGAAGCACUACCCAGGAGACUCUUGGAAUGACCAAGGCAAGAAUGUCUACGGCUGCGUCAAGCAGCUUUAUCUCCUGAAGAAGGCGAACCGGCACUUGAAGGUGAUGCUUUCCAUCGGCGGCUGGACCUGGUCUACCAACUUCCCGUCUGCCUCCUCCUCGGACUCGUCACGUUCCAACUUUGCCCGGACUGCAGUCAACUUCGUCAAGGAUUGGGGCUUUGACGGCAUUGACAUUGAUUGGGAGUACCCGGCCAACGACAACGAGGCUCGCAACAUGGUCGCGCUGCUCCAAGCCGUGCGCAACGAACUCGAUUCCUACGCCGCUCGGGCGGCCAAUGGCCACCACUUUGAGCUCUCCAUUGCCGCCCCCGCCGGGCCCAAGAACUACGAAAAGCUCUACUUCAAGGACAUUGGCAAUCUGGUCGACCACGUCAACCUCAUGGCAUAUGAUUAUGCCGGCUCUUGGGACAACACUACCGGCCAUGCGGCAAACAUUUACGCCAACCCGCAGAACUCGGUCGCCACUAAAUUCAACACGGAUCAAGCUGUCAACGCCUACAUUGGGGGCGGUGUCCCCGCGAGCAAGAUGGUUCUCGGCAUGCCCCUCUACGGCCGGUCAUUCGAGUCGACUACUGGGCUCGGCGCGUCCUACAGCGGCGUCGGUGCUGGAAGCUUCGAGAACGGCAUCUGGGACUAUAAGGUGCUUCCCAAGGCGGGCGCCACUAUGCAGUACGACAGCGUCGCCAAGGCCUCCUAUAGCUACGACUCGGGCAGCCGCGAGCUCAUCUCGUUUGACACUCCCGAUAUGAUCAAGGAGAAGGUCUCGUACCUCAAGGACAAGGGCAUGGGAGGCAGCAUGUUCUGGGAGGCGUCGGGUGACCGCAAGGACGGCAGCUCGCUGAUCGCCACCAGCAUCAACGCCCUUGGCGGCCUCGAUUCGACGGAGAACUGGCUCAGCUACCCUGAGUCGCAGUACGACAACAUGAAGAAGGGCAUGUAA